AUGGCUCAAUUAUACCAAUCGAUACUGCGUAUCGUAUUCUUAUUGAUAUUAAAGUCAUUAUAUUUUCCAUUUCAAUUGUAUCAUUUUUUAGUUGAUUCUUAUGUGUUAUUGUUUUCAAGUUCAGACAGAAAGGAACCAGAUAAUGUUGGUGACGAAUCUUCAGAUGAUGAAUCAGUAAAUAGAUUAGGCCAAGAAGAACCUGUGACAGAUGGUAUACUAAAUGCUGUUGAUAUCGUGGAUAUUUGUCAUGCCCAUGGCUAUAAAGUCCAUGAACAUGUCGUACAGACAAAAGAUGGCUACUUGCUUGCAAUUCAUAGAAUAUUGGGUAAAAACAGUGAUAUUCAUAAGACUGGUAGACCUGUUGUUUAUUUCCAUCAUGGGUUAUUAACAAAUAGUGAACUAUUCGUUCUUGGUGAAACACCUGCAAAAUGUUUGCCUUAUAUCCUAUUAGAAAAAGGUUAUGAUGUAUUUUUAGGUAAUAAUAGAGGUAAUAAAUAUUCAAGAAAACAUUUGAAUCUUUCAUCAUCAUCAAACAAAUUUUGGGAUUAUUCAUUAGAUGAAUUUGCAUUACAUGAUAUUCCAGAUACAAUAGAUUACAUUUUAGCAUUAACUGGUAAUAUUCAAUUAACAUAUGUCGGUUUCAGUCAAGGUUCUGCUCAGGCGUUUGGUGCUCUAUCUUUAAACCCAAAGUUGAACAAAAAGAUCAAAGUAUUCAUUGGUUUGAGUCCAGCUAUGAUUCCAAAAGGUUUAAACCAUCCUAUUGCAAGAUUAUUUGUUGAUGCUGCACCUUCAUUGGUGUUUUCUAUAUUUGGUAGAAGAGCUAUAUUACCGUCAGUGGUAUUUUGGCAAAAGAUGUUAGGAAGUUGGUAUUAUAGACAAGCAGUUGAUAAAUCAUUAAAACUUCUUUUCGGAUGGACAACUUCAAAUAUUCCAUUUAAUCAAAAAGUCAUUGGUUAUCCCCAUAUGUUUUCACCUUCAAGUGUCAAGUCUGUCGUUCAUUGGUUUCAAAUUAUUAACAGCAAGAGGUUUCAAAUGUAUGACGAAGGCCUUGUAUCCCCAUUAACAACUAUAUCAUCAACCAAUUUAAAAGUUCAUAGAGUUGCACCUUUCCCAGUUCAAACAAUCUCUACCCCAAUUUACUUGAUAUAUGGUAAGAGUGAUAUGUUGAUUGAUAUUGAACCAACUAGGAAGGCAUUGACAAGCUGUAAAGAAAUAGAAGCUAUCGGAAUUGAUACUUAUGAACAUAUGGAUGUAUUAUGGGCUAAGGAUGUUGUGGAAAAAGUCUUCACCCCAGUUGUCAAUACCAUCGAUAGAUAUAACCAACGGAAUCAAACAGUGGAGAUUAUUGACUGUGUUGAACAUAGAAAAGUCAAUGGAGAGAUAGAACUGCAUACUAGCAAAGCCCGUGAUAGAAGUAAUGGAUCGAUUGUUGUAUAG